AUGGUUCAGUGUUUGACCACCUGCUCCUCUGUCUCCAGCUGGACAACAGGUGAGAGAGAGAGAGAGAGAGAGAGCGAGAGAGAGAGACCUUGCUGCGAGCGUUCAGCUCUGAAAACAAACUCUGCCUCUUGGAAAAAACUGAAGAGUUCUGCUUCCAAAUGCACCGAGUUAUCAUGGCCCUGGAACAUUUGGAGGACUUACAACAACGUGACUACUGAAGGCUGCAGUGUCUCAACUGACCAGUGCUUUGUGGCAUACCCACAUGAGUACCACCUCAUAGUGGACGAACCAGACAGAUGCUGGAAAGAAAACCCAUUCUUGGUUCUUAUUAUCCCAGUUGCACCUCACAACAGAGAGGCCCGGGAUGUAAUUCGAAACACAUGGAGCAAAGAAACCACAGUGCUGGGCCGCGGAGUCAGCCACUACUUCUUGCUGGGACUUUCCAAAGAUGGAGAUGAGUCAGAGGUCCUCAAAGAGCAAGUCCUGCAAGAGAGCCAGAGACACCAUGACAUUCUCCAGAGUGACUUUGUGGACAGCUACAGUAACCUCACCAUUAAAACCAUGGUCAUGUUUGAAUGGCUCAGUUCCCACUGCCCCAAAACCUCCUACGCCAUGAAGAUCGAUUCAGACAUCUUCCUCAACGUCCACAACCUUGUAGACAUGCUGAAUAAAGCCCCCAGACAUCUCUACAUGACAGGACGGGUGGCAAGGAAUGCUGUGGUUCUUCGAGACCCUAACUCAAAGUGGUUUCUGCCUGUGUCUGCCUUCGCUGAGUCAGUUUACCCACCGUAUGCCUUGGGCCUGGGCUAUGUGUUCUCCAUGGAUUUACCCAAAAGGAUACAGGAGGCAUCAUCGCACGUUCCACCUGUUUACAUUGAAGACGUAUAUGUGGGGCUGUGCAUGAGACACCUAGGAAUAUCACUGACCGAUCCUCCUCAAAGUGACUUAUUUAAGCAAGGGAUGCCUUAUUUUAAAUUUGGCUGUUACUGGACCUAUGGCAUUGCAACAAUUCUACAGAAUUCAGACCAGGUUCAGGAAGUGUGGGAAAUGUACCAGACUGAACUACAAAAAGGCUGUUAAACACCUCUGCCUGUGCCUUACUAACUCUGCAGUUGUCUUACAGGGACUGCAUUCCACUGUUUGUUGGUGCUGCAGCGACACACCUGCUCACCUUACAAUCGUAUGUGAUUGCCUUUAUGCUUUUUUUUGGCAUCCACUCUUGCUACCAAGACAGAUUGUGAAUCAGGUAUACAGAUAUGCAUUUGCACAUUUUUGGUGUGAAAUUUUGAUAAUUGAAAAGUACAGUUCAAUUCAGUUGUAUGGGACCAUGAAGCAAUCCUUGCUUUGAGUAAUGAGUAAUACAGUGUUUAUGUGGCAAAUAAAACGACAGUCGUUUUGUUUAAAUAUGAGGGAAAUUACCUUUAUCUUCAAUCUCCAUACGACUUGACUUGUAACUUGCUGGAUUUAAAGCAGGGACUCGACUUGACCUGGUUGAUUCUUCCAAGAAUGACUUUGGACCUUCUUGAAACCUCAAGGUUAAGACUUGCUUGUGACUUGUAUAUGUGUGAUUUACUCCAAUCUCUGCAAAAUACCCAUUGAAUGUAAAGUAGCAUAUUGCCUUAAUUUUAAACAAAAAAAUAAUACUUUUUAACACCUGAUGUGCAACAAACUGCUUUGGGUCAUUCAUGCUCAACUAAAAACCUGAUGUGUUAAAUUAAGGUUUCAUAUCAGCAAGUGAACACUGUAAGUAUAGUGUUCAUCCAUCCAUCCAUCCAUCUUCUACCGCUUUAUCCUCUACAUGAGGGUUGUGGGGGGAGCUGUGCCAAUCUCAGCGGACAUUGGGCGAUAGGCGGGGUACACCCUGGACAGUUUGUAGUUUUCAUUCAUUUGGCAAAUAGAAGUAUGAUUAGAUUUAUGAUAAAUGGCCUUUAUCUGGGUCAGUGGGACUCUCCUCUGAUGGCACCUCACCUGUAUCAGGUUUUGUAUUUAGUCUGUGUCUCUGGAGACAUUGAUUUACUUUGUAGAAGUGUAGGGAUACCAAUGUCAGUCUGUCAUUCAAUCUGUCUAAUACCCCACUCCAAACUAUAUGAAAGUGUGAUGGUUACGUUUUGUAAAGUAAACUGUGAUGUGAUGUGAUGUGAUGAUAUGACGGGUAAGCCAAAUGAUGUUUGUGUUUUGUGAAUUAUCGUCACGAAGGCUGAAUGUGUUUAUCUGCCAUUAGCUCGAGUGUUAAAAUGUUUAAAAGUGGUGUAGUUAAUGUUAAAGGUUAACCUUUCUGUGGCAGACAACAUCAGCUUCAAAGUGUUUAAAUGAAUAAAUUCAUCAUAUCAAUGUG